AAUUGCAAAAGCCGAUACCCCAUUGCAAUCUUUGCACCGCUCCAUCUUUGAAAAGUGGUGUCACAAUUUGCAACAAAUUCUGCUGUGGAAUCUUCACUCACACCCCUGAAAUUCCCCUUUGUCUGCUACCUGAGUUCCACUCCAGACCCUUAGCUGCUGACUUUUGUUUAAUAUCUUCACUCUGAUUAUGUUAAACCCAUGAUAUUAUUUAGGGCAACAUAUGUUUUUGUUCAAGGAUCAGAAAUUUUAGGGCUUUUGUAGAGCAAAAGUAAAGGAAUUUCUAGAUUAAGCAAUGCCGGAAUUUGAUAAUCUGGUACCAAAGAAAGUUGCUGAUCGAUACUUAAAGCGAGAAGUUCUUGGUGAAGGUACUUAUGGUGUUGUCUACAAAGCCAUCGAUACCAAGACGAAUCAAACGGUGGCGAUAAAGAAAAUUCGUCUUGGAAAGCAGAAGGAAGGCGUAAAUUUUACUGCCUUGAGAGAAAUUAAACUGCUGAAGGAGCUCAAAGACCCUAACAUAAUAGAGUUGAUAGAUGCCUUCCCUCAUAAAGGAAAUUUGCAUCUUGUAUUUGAGUUUAUGGAGAGUGACCUUGAGGCUGUAAUUCGAGAUCGGAAUAUUGUACUUUCUCCUGCCGACAUAAAGUCUUAUCUGCAAAUGACCCUUAAAGCACUUGCUUUUUGUCACAAGAAAUGGGUCCUGCACAGGGAUAUGAAGCCAAACAAUUUGUUGUUAGCAGCUGAUGGACAGCUCAAACUAGGGGAUUUUGGUUUAGCUCGCAUAUUCGGUAGUCCGGAUCGCAGGUUUACCCAUCAAGUUUUUGCUAGAUGGUACAGAGCACCUGAGUUGCUUUUUGGCACUAAGCAAUACGGUCCCGCUGUGGAUGUCUGGGGUGCUGCUUGUGUCUUUGCAGAACUUCUGUUGAGAAGACCUUUUCUACAGGGUUCAAGUGACAUUGAUCAACUGGGCAAAAUUUUUGCAGCCUUUGGGACCCCAAAGCCUGCUCAGUGGCCUGAUAUGGUGUACCUUCCUGAUUAUGUGGAAUACCAAUAUGUGCCUGCACCUCCGUUACGUACAUUGUUCCCAGUGGCUAGUGAUGAUGCUUUGGAUUUGCUAUCAAAGAUGUUUGCUUAUGAUCCAAAAGCUCGAAUAACCGCACAGCAGGCCUUGGAACACAGAUACUUCACAUCAACACCAGCAGCAACAAAUCCAGCUUCGCUACCACGACCUCCACGAAAAGGUGAAACCAACCCGAAGGUUCCUGAAUUUUAUCCAAAUGAAGGACCCACUGUGUUGUCUCCGCCUAGAAAACAGAGAAGAGUAAUGCCGAAUAGAAGUGAUGGGGGUGAAGAAAAUCUUCAUAAUGCUGAAAAGUUUGAUGAUCAUGUCAGUGAUAGUAGGCUAACAGCUGGUGCAAGCUCAAGCAGGAAUGAUACUGUACCAAUGUCGAUAGAUUUUUCUAUAUUUGGAUCCAGACCUCCUCCUAGACCAACUAUUAACAGUGCUGAUAGAACACAUCUAAAGCGCAAACUAGAUCUUGAAUUCCAGAUGCCUGAAUAAGUCAAUUACUUGAACCCGAGAUGUAUUGAUUUGUGUAUCUUCUGAUUGUUGAGGUGAUCAUAUUUUCAGGGGUCUGAUGAUGGUGGUAUAAGUACUAGCUGUUUGCAAGGGUUAGUACGUGGUGAGGGCUAUUGGUAUAAGGUUUGAUUAUUUCCCUCCACGACUUAGGGUGUUGUGACAAGACAAAAUUGGCUAGAAAACGUUGGAACAAUCAAUCUGGUACUUUUUAAUUAAUUAAUCUUUCUUUUGUAAGCUAUUGCAUGCGAUGUCAAACUUUGAGUGCUCUAUGUAACAGGCGAUGGUGAGUGUAGAGUUGUCUUUUUUGUUUUGCGGAUUUACCAGUUAGUUCUCCAAAUGGUGAGUUAUUCAAUUAUUUUACACAAAUUUCUUGUAUGAAUUCAAGGGAAGUUGUUAUAAUGAUGGAUUGGGUAUAUUGCUUCGUUAGAA